CAUUGUUUAUCCUCUCAGAAACUAAGAAAUUUCACUCUCUCUCUAGAAAGCAGAGCCGUUACCACUCUCUCUCUCCAUCUCAAUAGCCGAUAAGCCGUAUUGUAUGGCCGCCAAUUUGCAGAGCCGAGGAGUCGCGAGCUUGGGGAAGCUGUUCCGGGGCAAAAUAACCUCAACUAAUCGUGCCGGCUCUUCUGCUUCUCUCUCUAGGAGGGCCGUGCAUGCAUCGGCAUACGACAAGAACAUCGAGGAGCAUGCCCAACCCUCCGCUGUACCGGAUGAAAUAAUCGAGGCCCAAUCAGACAAGUACUGGGCUCCUCACCCUCAAACCGGCGUAUUUGGACCAGACACGGUUAAUACAACAUCUGGGGGCGCCGCCGCUGCCGGUGAGGGCUUUGCACCACCAGAUUCAGUGUUGGAGCAGAAGGCCUUCUUUCGCCCCUUGGAGGGGUUAGAGAAGCCUGAGCCAUCCUUCCCCUGAACCAUCUAAUAUUUUCUUUCAAAUUCUGCCCCUUCUAUAUAUAAAUAAUAAAUAAAUAAAUAAAUACUCGCAAAUGCAGGGGGCAGACUGAAAAUAGUUGAAGUAAGUGGUCAGCGUCAGCACUCAGCAGUAUGGAUGUAACUAAAUGAUAUAAAAUGGAAAUACACAUCAUUUUCCAUAACAAUUAUCUAUUUGCUGUUAUUGUCAUUAUGGAUAUGCACUUAAUCUGGAAAAAGUUUCAAAA